GAGGCUCCGCCGCCUCCUGGUUCCCAGGGAAGAUCGAGCGAGCGAGCGAUCGAGCGAGAGAGAUCGAAGAGAUGAGGCUUUUGACUCACAACAUGCUAUCGUGCAACAUAAAGGGGGUGAGCAACGGAUUCCCCCUUCGACUGGAGGCGGAGAAGUGGGUGGAGAAGGAGGUGGAGCUCAACGCCGACUUCCUCCGCGGCAUCUUCCCCAAGAUCGAGUGGAAGGCCCUCGCCGGCGCCGCCCGUGCCCUCGGCUACAACGAGCUUCCCGACGAGGCCGACGCCUCCAUGCUCGACGCCGACGACUUCCUCCGCCGCUUCCACCACGCGCUGCUCGAGCUCCAUGUCGAGGAGGGCGCCCUCGUCUGCCCCGAGACGGGCCGCCGCUUCCCCAUCAACAAGGGCAUCCCCAACAUGCUCCUCCACGAGGACGAGGUCUGAUGAUUUCCUGCGCCGCUGGUCUAGGGUUAGGGUUUUAGAUUUCUCUCUUGUGCGAGGAAAAAUUGGGUCCAAGUUCUGAUAUUUGGGGUCAUAUUUCUGCGUAAUCGAAUCUCUGGUGAACCGUAUUAAAGGAAAUGAAAUCUGGUUUUGAUCUCCAAAUUUGAUCCA